CAAUACGGUAACGCCCAAGUGAGGAGAAGCCUCCUCAGUAAGAGCAAACUGGUAUCAGCAAAAGAAAUGUGUCAAAACGGUAACUGAUAGACUUCGUGGACGUCGUGUCUGAGAAGAGAGAAAAUUUGAGAGAGAAAAGCUGGAAUUUAAAGGAAUUUAAAGGAACUAUAGCGAGAAACUGUAGACCCAGGCCCCCCAAAAAAAAACGCGGCAGGAGUUGGUGACCGUGCUGAAUGAAGGAAUGAAUUCCCGAUCUCUUCUCCCUCAAAACAUGUGUGUCACUCGUUAGACAAAGAGAAUCCUUAUCCUUUCCUUCAGAAGACGAAGAUACUUGGAACAAACUAUUAUAAUCUAUUAUAAUCAAUUGGGUCUAGGCUCAGACUGUUUUUUGUUUGUUGUUGUAAAAAAAGUAUAAGGAAUUUGGUCUUCCUCGGUCCAUCUCGAAGUCCAAAAAAGAUAUUAGUAAAGAGUAUCCAAGAAAUCGUUGAAUAUGCAAUCCAAGGCCUCGUUCUACAAGCGAGUCGCACUCCACUUUUCGCUGUGUCGACUGGCGUGCGGUAGCCUGAACGUGAACGUCCAUGAGGAAGGUCCCCCCUCGCGAGUCCGUCCUCAACAUGCUUGGAAAAAAGUCCACCCUUCGUCGUCGUCGGCGCAAGAUGAAAUUGUUGCGGUGUUGCAUCCGCAACGACCGCGUGAUCCAGAGAUGGAAAGCCGGAUGCAAGAAGCUUUUAAUUAAGGCUCCGACUUGGAAUCACUUCGAUUGGAAUUAUGUAUGGUUCUGGUAUUUGGUAACCGGAAUUAGAUCCUAAGGGUUCUCUUCUUGUUUUCCCUUAGGAUCAAACUCAGGUUACCAAAUACCAGAACCAUACAAAUUACUUAAUAGAGGCUUUCGAUUAAAAGGGUCAUUGCUCAGGAUCAUUUAGAUUGGAAUCACUGACACCAAAAAGGAGACCCCCUGAGAGAACCAACAGGGUAGUUCAUCAUUUAGAUUGGAAUGCCUGACACCAAAAAGGAGACCCCCUGAGAGAACCAACAGGGUAGUUCAUCAUUUAGAUUGGAAUGCCUGACACCAAAAAGGAGACCCCCUGAGAGAACCAACAGGGCACUAAACUAAGGGAAAUAUACGGGGGAUAAACUAGCACGGGAGAAUAGGGCCGACCUUUAAUUUGAUCGAGCUUAUGCACAUUUUCUCGACCAAUUCGACAUGCAGGGCUACCGCCAACAAGCGGAGCAAAUCUCCUUUCUUGCGGGUCAACCGGGUUUCAAAUUAAGGCAUGAAUAUUGAGAACGCUUAGUUAUAGUAGUAGAUAAGUUCUUACCCGACUUUUCUUUUCCGUAGGUUUUUGUCUUUUCCUAGGUAGGUCUGCUCCAACACGAAUACUAGUCGUGUGUUGACUGAGUAGAAGAGGCACAUGUACCUGUACGAGGUGAAUGAAUCAAGAAAAUCGCUUUGAAAAUAUAUUCUUUCUUCAUGUUACCAUGGAUCAAUCAUACCAUGGGUACUCACUGCAUUCACAUUCUUAGUUACUCGUCUUCAGAUGCAUAGUGAGAGAGAGUUCCUCUAACGUCCGCUGCAGUGGCCUCUGCGCCGCACUGUGACUUUGGGGUUCCACCUCCGCAGAUGCCUAAGGCCACAGCCGUCGCGCCUUUUCCUGGAGGUAUCGCUUCAAGGCUUUUCUUAAGGCUAGAAAUUUCUCACUAUCCCAUGUGAUCUAUGCUGAGUGGAGCUGGAGCCCCACUUGAUUAGGUAGAAAAAGGCGAAUAAGAACAACUACAGUACUGGAUAAGGAGAGGCAACUAAGGCGGAAAAAGGGGAGCACGCUCAUUCAGGCAUAGUGAGAAGCUGGCGCUAAUUUUCGGAGCGGAUCUGAGCCAAGUGGUCACUAAGCUCGCAUCAAACGCGGCGACUGCGGGAGAUAGCAAAAAUGCAUUUCCUGGCAUUCUUAUGGGUAAUUUUUUAUCAGGAAAUGCAUUUUUGCUAUCUCCCGCACACUUAUUAUCUAGUAAAGAACAAUUUAUCAUUUUCUCGAGAAUACACCCUCCUCUCCCCAUGUCAGACUCCGCCGCUCCCUAGAGUGCUUAUAAAAAACUACUCCUACCUCCUUAUAAACUACUCCUACCUUAUAAACUACUCCUACCUUAUAAACUAAUCCUACUAGUUAGCAAAAAUGCAUUUCCUGGCAUUCUUAUGGGCGCCAAUCAAUUUGAUUCUAGAGUGUCAGGAGACUCUUCCGUACUACGUCUUUGACUUACCCCUCGAAUGGGUAAACUACUACUACUACUACUAAUGCUACUACUACGCGCUACUACUAGUACGACAACGACCACUAUGGUCUUUCUCCCUUCUCGAGAACACAUGGGUCAAUCGUUCUCGUCCUCUCUUUUCAUUACCAUGGCAACCCAGGCUUUGGCGCAGGGAGCGGGGUUAAUCCAGAGCGCGAUGCACGUCAUCCUGCAAGUUGUUCCACCUCUCAUUCCGCCACCUGUAUGGAUCAACCAGCCGCUUCCCUGUCUACCGAUUUAUGUAUUAAAUCUAUAAGAUUGAUCUUAAUCUUCACCGUCUUCUAGGCAUAAUGCCUAAGGCAUUUCUCUUUAUUCAUAAGCUUGUUUUCCUUCUCCUCUUACUCUACUCUCAAGCGCGGACGACCUCGUCAUUGAGAAGUAAGGUGCAAUGGGCCGACAGGACACUAACAUCAAGCAGAAGUAAGGACACUUUCAUACCAACUGCUGCAACUACAACUAAUUACAAUCAAACCAGCCACCGCUAAUCCUCGGUAACCGGAAUGAACUGUCUUGGCUCAGUGCUCUACCCGAUCACAGCUGCUGACUUUGUUACCGCGGACAUCACGGACGCUCAGCUCAGUGGUACAAUCGCCGAUUUUCCCCGACUGUACAGAGAUCGCAUUGGAAGCACGUUAUGAAGAAAGAACUUUUCGGAAUCUGUUGGAGUCUUUGAAAAAUAGAGUUCUCUGACAACGAAUGGUUCUAGUAUUUGGUAACCUGAAGUUGAUCACAAGGAAAAGGAAAACAAGUUACAUGCUUGUGGUAGGUGUAGGAGGUAAUUUGAGAAGCAUAUAUGUACUUACAUGCUUGUGGUAGGUGUAGCAGGUAAUUUGAGAAGCAUAUAAGUACUUACAUAUUCUGUCGUGCGCUUGCUAGAGUCGUGUCAGAGCUCCUUAGAGCUGCAGUUUAUCUUUACUAUUCCCUCCCCUGUUCAUGCGUAUCGAACGAUGCGUACAAGGUGUGCUUUGGGGCGUACAUGGGGAUGCAGUGCGCGUCCGUCUUCCCAGCGUGCUCUACGAUAAUGGCCCGCGAAGAACCCGGUCCAGUUGGCCGUCUCCCCUUGUGCUUCACUAGUUGCAUUUAUGCUGUAGUUUUAAUAAAUUAUACAGGACUACAACCACCACCAACGUGAAUGGUUCUGGUAUUUUUGGUAUAGCCUGAAUUUGAUCACAAGGCUUCUCUUCCUGUAUUUAUACCUACAACUCUAUAUAUUCGAGGAUCCACACGACAGUUGUCGUUGUUUUUUCUAGCUCAAAGAAGGGUUAAGUUACUGCGAAAUCCGAGGCAGACUUUGGAGCAGAUUCGCGUCAUCGCGUUACCGAUGUCGUUCUUCCAGUUGUUCUUAGAAUUAGACAUGAUUUACAAUAGAUGAAUUAGGCGUAACUAAUUGUAUGCGACAAAGAAAGGUCUUGUAGUUGCCCUCCUCUUUCAUACUCAUCUUACGCUGGUCGCCUGUCCCGGUAUCUGGAUCACGGAUAUGAAGGACGAGUGUAGUAUGGUCGCCGCCCCACCGAUGUGUUCGAUGGCCGUUUUCGUGAACAUGGCGUUGCUUCCACCACAGUAUCAAACCUUCGAGGCGUCGUUGGGUGUACCAUUACGGCUUUUCAUGCACCUAAAUCCUAUACCUCUAGUCUGGGUAGUACAGCACCCGUACUAUCCAGGUUUUUAAAAAAGCGUUGUACUACUUCUAUCCUCGUCAAGAAGAGACCAUAAUGCGGGCUAAAAAUGACUACGUUCCUGUUCAGGGAAAUCGGUUUCGAGGUAACAAAUCAUAGUCUCUAUUUCAACGUUGUAUCCGCGAGAGUAUGUUCACCACUAUGUUCAUCAUAGUGGUGGUAGUACGUUUUCAUUCACGUUAAUCAUAUCUUCCCGGAAUGUGGGUGGAUACAGUAAACGUUGUAUUCUAAUUACAGGACUAGGGUAACGUUAUAUCCUAUCAUUCAUGUAGGAGAUAUAUUUCUCAAAAGGCUUCUACUAUUACGGCCAACAAGUAGACUUUUUUUCGGCGUUUUCAGAGUCGUGAAUGCUCACCUCCUUGAGGCCCCCCAUCCUAUCCCAAGAGUCCGAGUGGCGGAGUAGGAGAUGGCACUAUCUUCACUGAGGGAAGAAUCUUGGAUAUUGAUGGAUAGUUACUCUAAGAUUCGCGGAAUGCCCGCAGGCUCCGGCAAGUCUCGGGGCGUUGGAACCAGGACAGGAGUUUGAUCUCUACAGCGUCUCCGAAGCGGGACCGAGUCCAUACGAUGCAGCAGGAACCGGAUCAGUUCCGCAUGCGUUCUAAGCAGUAGAUGUGGAGCAUCUGCACCGUGUUUUACUGUUAUCCUUACAUAUUUUACUAGCAAAGCUAUUCCUUGGCAGAUCUCUGGCAAGGCUAUCCCUUCAGAAUGGUAGAAGACUUAGCAUUUCUUAUUGUAGUGCUAUGUCGUCGUGAUGAAUGUUCAAUGUUGUUGUAAAAAUAGAUGCAAAUCCAGUUCUAGUACUAUGAUAUUAUGUUUGUUCAUCGCAUCGGGUUCAUAAUUUCUUUCCAGCUAUUGCUCAACCACCUCAAAGAGACUCUCUUCCCAUCUGGUCUCUCCAUAACGAACAAUGCUGUACAGACCCAAAAAAUGUAAUGUCCCUACCUGAGUGAUGGAAUGAAUGAAUGCCUUCCGAUUUCAGUAAAAGAUAGUAAAGAUUGUGAUCUGUUCUGCCUUAUUCCGCUCUUGCACAGAUUGACUGCACAGAUUGAUUUUUGCUUUUGGGUUUUAUCGGAACGACCGUUGGUUGAAGUUGUUAGUUUUUUUUGCAGCAUUUCAGUUGUCAUACUAGUUGAUGUUGCCACAAAAAUGUUUUUUGUCAACACAAGAGUCAGAUAGGAUCACCAGCACUUACUAAAACUCAACAACAUUUUUGAGCAAACACUGAUAGUUUGAAUUCCAGAACAACAUCCUUUUCAGAAACGGAG